AUCCGAAAGUGAAAGAAAUUACAACCGCGUCUCAAACAUUCAAUGGUAAACGCUGACACACGCUGGGCAUAAACACCUAUCUAUCACGACACAGCGAAGCUAGUUAGACAUUUAUAUAUUUCUGAAUAGUUUUUUUUAAAGAUUGAGUGGACGCAAAUCCAUUCAAAAAAUAUAAUUGAACGAUGCUGAACACGGCGAAGCCUUGCAAUCCACCCAAGAGUGGCUUUUCCUUUGAGAAUACUCGCAGAAAUGCUGUGUUGGAGGGUAAUUUGGCUGAAAAGGGCUUCGGCGCGCCAAAGGCCAGAAAAACAGGAACCACCAUCGCAGGAAUUGUUUAUAAAGAUGGGGUCAUUCUUGGAGCUGAUACGAGGGCGACAGACGACAUGGUGGUUGCAGAUAAGAACUGCAUGAAGAUUCACUACAUUGCAGACAAGAUAUACUGCUGUGGAGCCGGGGUGGCAGCCGACGCAGAGGUCACCACACAGAUGAUGUCAUCAAAUGUGGAGCUCCACACGCUCAGCACCGGACGGCCUCCCAUGGUGGCCAUGGUGACGCGACAGCUCAAGCAGAUGCUCUUCAGAUAUCAAGGUCACAUUGGAUCGUCGCUGAUCGUUGGAGGUGUGGAUGUGACUGGAGCUCACCUGUACGCCGUCUACCCCCAUGGCUCCUAUGACAAGCUCCCCUUCCUCACCAUGGGGUCUGGUGCUGCAGCAGCUGUUUCUGUGUUUGAGGAUCGCUUCAAGCCAAAUAUGGAGCUGGAGGAGGCGAAGACGCUGGUGAGAGAUGCCAUAGCGGCAGGCAUCUUCUGUGACCUUGGCUCUGGCAGCAACGUGGACCUCUGCGUCAUCACACAGGGAGGAGUGGAUUACCUGCGAGGAUUCGACCAGCCGGCCACCAAGGGGGAGAGGGAAGGCAACUACAGAUACAAGCCUGGGACCACUGCUGUACUGACUAAAUCAGUGACGCCUCUGCAGCUUGAUGUCGUUGAGGAGACUGUCCAGCUUAUGGACACACAGUGAAUUAUGCAACACGCCUCCCUCUGGUCCCUGAAACACCCAUUGCAGCGCACACUGUGUUACUGACAGAUAGGCUAUUUCUCACAAUUUCUCACAAUUUUGAAAUAAAGUAAUUCCUUCAUACUUUCA